AUGGAGGUUGUGACCAAGGUCGAGGAGGUAAUCCUCCACCGGCGUGGCUUCAGCGUGAAUGGCGUUUUGCUACUCAGCCAAUACCACCUCGUGUUCCAGUUUCACCUGACCGGACUCGACGGUCAGCAAGUCCCCCGUGAGAUAUGGAUAGCUUAUCCCGUGAUCGACAGGAUCUCCAAGCUGAGAGGCAGUGCAUGGCUCCUGAACCAGUCGCAGGCUCUGGGAUCCCUGGGUAGUGUCAGCUCACGCAACUCGCUGCCUCCCUUGUUACCUGAGGGAUGGGAUCACUACACUUCCUCCCACAUCCGCGUCCAUUGCAAGGAUUUCACCUACUACCUGUUUGACUUCAAAAACGAUGCCAUCGGUGCCGAGGUGUUUCAAAAAAUGAGUGAAUUGACACUAAAGCCUAAGCGAGCGGGAAUCGAAAAUGUCUACGCAUUCAGCUACAAACCUAAUGUCCUUGAGCAAGACCUAAAACAGAAAGGGUGGCAGCUUUACGACUGUGAAGCGGAAUACAAACGCAUGGGUCUUACCGACCAUUCCUGGAGAGUGUGCACGUUAAACAAGUCCUACCAGCUUUGUUCGCUGUAUCCGCAAAAAUUUGUUGUGCCGCUGCUGAUUUCCGAUAAUGUGGUAAAGCAUGCCAGCAAAUUUCGCAGUAAACAACGGAUACCGGCAGUGGUUUAUCGCCACCGUGCCAAUCCCAAUCAUAAUGUAAUUGCUCGCUGCGCUCAGCCGCUUGUGGGGAUAAACAUUCAAAAUCGCAGCAUACAAGAUGAACAACUUGUGGGUGAUAUAUUCCGCAGUCAAGAGCGUGACAAAAGUCGUCAUAGCCAGCCAGAUGAGCUUGAAGGUCAACAACCUCAAAGAAACUUGAUUGUCGACCUCAGACCCCUCACAAAUGCCAUGGCUCAACACGCGUUGGGUGCAGGGACUGAAAACAUCGACUUCUACCGUGGUAAACGAACUGACGCCCAAUCAGAUAAUGACGAUGGGCCCUGGGCUGGAACCCAUUUGCUGGUGGACAAGAUUUAUGGCAAUAUCGAUAACAUCCACGUCAUCCGUGAUCUGUUAUCACGCCUACAAAACGUGCUCAAUGACAUGGACCGGACCACCGUUGACCCCAUGGUGGUUCAGCAUCAAUUGGUAAAAAGUCAAUGGCUCCAUCGAGUGCUGAUUAUCUUGCUGCUGGUGGAUCGAAUCAUCAAGCUGAUCCACUUAAACAAUACCAACGUCAUUAUUCACUGUCUGGAUGGAUGGGAUCGUACACUGCAGGUAAGUGCUCUUGCCCAAAUGUGCUUAGAUCCCUAUUACAGAACGCUCGAAGGUUUCAUGGUGCUCAUUGAAAAGGAAUGGGUGAGUUUCGGGUUCAAGUUCGCCACCCGUGCUGACCAUGGUGGGUGUAUUGGCGCUCUCAAGUCAACGGCAAAGCCUCCUGUCGACGAUAGCACUGACAGUUUGAAUGAAGACGGUCAGUUUGAAGGAGCCGCUAAAAAGGUGGCCCUGUUCUUUCAGAGGGCUGCCCAACAAGUGAAAAAUGUUGCAAGUGAUGCCGAUGGUGACCACCUGCCGUUUGUGCAAACUUAUUCAGGGCUGAAUGAAAAGCUGCCAGUUUUCCAUCAAUUCCUUGACUGCGUGUUUCAGGUUUAUCGUCAACACUCCGACCAAUUCGAAUUCAAUCUGCGAUUCUUGAAGCGUCUCUUAUACCAUUAUUAUGCAUGUCAGUAUGGGCUGUUUUUGCUGGAUAAUGAGCGCGAACUGUUACCUAUUCGAUCGCAAACUGUAUCAGUUUGGGACUACUUCAUCCUGAGACGGUCAGAGUUCACGAACAAAGAUUACUCACCCAAUGAGGAAAAUUCAGUAGUGUUUUUCAGCUUCACUGAUGUCAGAUGGUGGUGUGAGCUUUACGGAAGAUCAGAAGAAGACAUGAACGGCAUGGCAAAUAAGUUGGAACAGCGAUUUGCUCAACUUAUGAGGGAACCCAAUCUGGAAGCCGCAUCCAUUCAACAAUCCGAUAGUGAAACCAAACAACCGUCACCGGCAUUAAUCAAGGCGACUUCACCGACGAUGUCUUGA